AGUGACGAUGGGAUGGAUGUGAAUAUGUCCCAGUGGGCAGGUAUGCGAGCCACUCUCCUCGGCCUGGCCCUGCUGCUGUUGCUUUUAAAACUACCACUCUCCUGCAGCCAGAGCACACAGGGGGCUCCUCCGGAUGGACCUAAUUUUGGCUUUACUCACGCUGUCUACCAUGCUACAGUCUACGAAAACUCAGCUGCACGCACUUUUGCCAACAGUAAAGUUAAAAUGGGCAUCCACCUGGCUCAGCGCUCCUGGGAGGUCCGCUUCAGAAUCACUUUAGGUGAUGAUGAAGGGCUUUUCAAAGCAGAGGAGUUUGUGCUUGGGGAUUUCUGCUUCCUGCGCAUAAGGACUAAAGGUGGCAAUGCAGCCAUCUUAAACCGAGAGAUUCAGGAUAAUUAUGUAUUGACAGUGAAAGCCUCUGUCAAGGGAGAAGCUUUCCUUGAGACCUGGACUAAAGUCAGCAUCCAAGUCUUGGAUAUGAAUGACCUCCGACCCUUGUUCUCACCCACUACAUAUUCAGUUACCAUAGCGGAGAGCACACCUCUCAGGACGAGCAUAGCACAAGUUACUGCCACAGAUGCAGAUAUUGGCUCCAAUGGGGAGUUUUACUAUUUUUUCAAGGAGAGAAUGGAAUUGUUUGCUGUACAUCCAACCAGUGGAGUGGUUUCUCUCAGUGGAAAGCUAAAUGUUGAUGAGCAAAAUCGGUACGACUUAGAAAUUCUUGCAGUGGACCGCGGAAUGAAGCUCUAUGGAAAUAAUGGUGUCAGCAGCACAGCCAAGCUUUUUGUUCAUGUAGAGCGUGUUAAUGAGCAUGCCCCAGUGAUGAAUGUGGUCACCCACAGUCCCACAUGGCUUGAUAAAAACCCUGUGUAUGCCAUGGUCACUGUUGAAGACCUAGAUGAAGGUAUAAAUGGAGAAAUAGACUCAGUGGAUAUUGUAGGAGGAGAGCCCUCAGAGCAGUUUUUCAUAGAAAGAUGUGAAGAAGGAGAAUUUGCAAUAAAAGCCUCUGAGUCAGUACAAUGGGAGAUAUAUCCUUAUGGAUGUAACCUCACUUUGCAAGCUAAAGACAGGGGAGCCCCACAGAAGUUCUCUGCUGUCAAGGUUGUCCACAUUGUCCUCAAGAAACGGCAGACAGGGGAAGCUAAGUUUGAACAGGAGUUUUAUGAAGUUUGUCUGAAUGAAAUUUCACCACCAGGAACAAUUGUAGAAGUUGUUAAAAUUAAACCAGAGCCUGAUGAUGCAGAAUAUUUCCUGGCACCUUCUCCAAAUUCAGCUUUCUUUCAAAUGAACACCUUAACAGGUGUCAUAUCUACCACUACCUGGCUCACUCAGGGGACCCAGGAUGUCAUUAGUCUUGAGGUAUUGGAAAUAGGUAGUGAGCUUAAAGUUAAAGUGCGUGUGACAAUUGAGGAUGCCAAUGAUAACACACCAACAUUCGAUCAGUCGUCUUAUGAGAUUUCUGUUAAUGAAAGUGUACAAGUUGGGACCGAUGUAUUAACAGUUUUUGCAGUAGAUGAGGAUAAAGGAGAAAAUGGAUACAUUACUUACAGCAUUUCCAGCAUUCUGCCAUUACCUUUCAAAAUCAAUCAGUUUUCUGGUAUCAUUAGAACCACUAAAGAGCUGGACUUUGAAUCCUCACCAGAGAGCUUUAUGUUUGUGGUUAGAGCAUCUGACUGGGGCUCGCCUUAUAGGCGAGAGAGUGAAGUCAAUGUAACAAUCCACCUGGAAAAUGUUAAUGAUAACCAGCCAUUGUUUGAGAAUGUAGCAUGCCAGGGGGUGAUCUCGAGGAAUUUUCCAGUGGAGGCAGUGAUCACCACAAUGUCAGCGAUUGAUAUAGAUGAAUUAGAGCUGGUGAAAUAUAAAAUAAUUUCAGGGAACGAAUGGGGUUACUUUGACCUGAACCCAGAUUCAGGGGUCCUUGCACUGCGACGUCCCCUUGUGACAGCUAGUCCAAACAGCGUCUUCAGUCUAAAAAUAACAGCCACAGAUGGUGAGAACUUUUCUGAUCCUAUGUUUGUUAACAUAUCAGUUGUUCAAGGAAAAUCUCCUCCAAGAGGUUUUAACUGUGAAGAGACAAGGGUAGCCCAAAAGUUAGCAGAAAAGUUACUUAAAAAGUCCAAAGCUAGCACCAAGCCCAAAAUUGAAGAAGGUUUUAUUGACCUUUUCUCUGUCAAUCGCCAAACACCCCGAUUUGAUAAAACUUUUCCUAGAGAUAUAGCUGUGCGGGAAGAUCAAAAGAUUGGCUCGAGUGUUUUCAAGGUGAAUGCCUACGAUGGUGACACAGGUUUCAAUGGUCAGAUUCUUUACUCCAUUUCAGAUGGAAACACUGAUAGCUGUUUUACCAUUGACAUGGAGACAGGCCUCAUCAGUGUCUUUCUGCCCAUAGAUAGGGAAAAGAGAGAUCGCUAUCUCCUCAACUUAACAAUCUUUGACCUUGGCCUGCCACGGAAAACUGCCUGGCGAUUGCUUAGUGUCUUCAUAGAAGAUGCUAAUGAUAAUGCGCCUCAGUUUUUGCAAGAAGGAGGCUAUAAAAUUGUCAUACCUGAGAAUACUGCCAUAGGCACAGAAGUCAUCCAGGUUGAGGCCACUGACAAAGAUCUUGGACCCAAUGGGGAAAUUGUAUAUUCCGUUUUGACCAUCACCACCAAGUUUAGUAUAAACUCCACUAAUGGGAUAGUAUAUGUUGCUGGCCAACUAGACAGGGAGUUAAUUUCUUCUUUUAAUCUGAAAAUUGAGGCUCGGGACAUGGCAGAUAAAGGGAGUCAAAGGUUAUCUGUUACAAGUUUAAAGAUCAUAUUGGAGGAUGUGAAUGACUGUCCCCCACAAUUUAUCCCUAAUGUGUUCAAAGCCAAGGCUCUGGAAGAUCUUCCAGUCGGAACGGUUGUGGCAUGGUUAGAGACACUGGAUCCAGAUCUGGGUUUGGGAGGCCAGGUCAGGUACUCUUUAGCCAAUGACUACAAUGGAUGGUUUGAGGUAGACAGGGCCAGCGGGGCUAUUCGGCUGACAAAAGAGCUUGACUAUGAGAUCCAACAGUUCUACAACCUUACUGUGAAGGCCAAAGAUAAGGGAAGGCCUGUUUCUCUUCUCUCUGUCACAUUCGUUGAGGUGGAAGUGGUAGAUGUAAAUGAAAACCUCUACGCCCCAUACUUUUCCCAAUUUGCCUUGACAGCAUUAGUUAAAGAGAAUGACCGCAUUGGAACUACCCUACUCAGAGUCACCGCUAAUGAUGACGACACUGGCAGAGAUGGAGAAAUCCGGUAUUCUAUUCGUGAUGGGAGUGGGCUUGGACGAUUUGCCAUUGAUGAAGAGACAGGAAUGAUCUACACUACUGAUGUGCUGGACCGAGAGACCAAGGAUUCAUAUUGGCUAACUGUGUAUGCCAGCGACCAUGGCGUGAUUGCCCAGUUCACUACUAUCGAGGUGUUCGUCCAGGUGGAGGAUAUUAAUGACAAUGCCCCACUGACCUCGGAGCCACUGUACAGACCCUCAGUGCCUGAGAACUCUCCACGUGAUGUUUCUGUAAUCCGGAUUCAAGCCCAGGACCCUGAUACCACGCCCCCCGCUGCUGCUGACAGGCUUAACUACCGCAUAAUCAGUGGAAAUCCACAGAACUUCUUCAUCAUCAACGGCCGCACCGGUCUGAUCACCACAACCUCAAGGAAACUGGACCGUGAACAACAAAUAGAGCAUGUUUUGGAGGUGUUGGUGUCAGAUGGGGGUCCUAGUCCCAGACAGACUACAGUGUGGGUGAUGGUUCAGGUCCUGGAUGAAAAUGACAACAAGCCCACUUUUCCAGAGAAGGUCUACCAGGUCAAACUUCCAGAGAGAGAGCGGAAGAAAAAGGGUGAGCCCAUCUAUCGGGUGUUUGCCUACGACCGUGAUGAGGGGCCCAACAGCGACAUCUCCUACAGCAUUGUGGAUGGCAACGAGGAUGGGAAGUUCUUCAUCGACCCAAAAACAGCAGUGGUAUCAUCACGCAAGGCUUUCACUGCUGGGAGCUACGACAUCCUAACUAUUAAAGCAACAGACAAUGGGCGUCCUCAGAAGUCCUCUACAGCUCGCCUGCACAUUGAGUGGGUCCGUCGACCUACUCCCUUGACUCUACCACUGCUCUUUGAUGAUCCAUUUUACAACUUCACUGUCAUGGAAAAUGAUAAGGUGGCUGAGAUCGUUGGUGUGGUGUCCUUGCAGCGGAGCUCUGCCCACUUAUGGUUUGACAUCACAGGUCCCAGGUCUUUUCGUGAGAUGUUCUAUAUUCUGCAGAGUGCUUGUGGCAGGAACUGUUCAUCAGAAGCAGGUGGGAAUAGCGACAGUGUAUUUGAUGUGGAGAAGUCUGUGGGCACUAUUAUCAUCGCCAAGCCUCUGGAUGCUGAGCAGCGCUCCUUCUUCAACCUGACAGUGCAAGCCACAGAUGGCACCAACAUUGCAUACACACAGGUUCACAUCAUUGUCAUGGACAACAAUGACAAUGCUCCCAUUUUCUCCCAAUCAACCUAUGAUGUCACUAUUUCUGAAGAUACACCACCAGACACUGAGGUGGUCCAGGUUUUGGCAUCUGACCGUGAUGAGCAUUAUCGGCUGACCUACACACUACAGAGCUCCAUCGACCCCAGCAGCAUGAGUCUGUUCCGCAUCCACCCUACGAUGGGCACCAUCUACACUGCUCAGAGGCUGGAUCAUGAGGCCUGCGCCCAGCACAUCCUCACUGUUGUUGUAAAGGACCAAGAGUUCCCCUACAGAAAGAACCUGGCUCGUGUGCUAAUAGAAGUGGAAGAUAUAAAUGACCAUGUACCCAUCUUUACUAGUGCUUUAUAUGAAGGCCAAGUUUAUGAGUCAGCAGCAGUGGGAUCAGGUGUGGUGCAGGUCACUGCUCUUGACAAAGACAAAGGAGAGAACGCAGAGCUACACUACUCCAUUGAAGCAGGGAACACUGGAAAUGCAUUCAAUAUUGAGUCAGUUUUGGGUAUCAUCACUGUUGCACAUGACCUUGAUUUGUCCAGCAUAGGCCAUUAUGUUCUCACUGUCAGAGUCACUGACAAUGGCUCCCCUCCCCUAUCCACCACCACUAUUGUGCGUAUUGCUGUCACCCUCUCUGACAAUGCUGGCCCAAAGUUCCCUCAGCCUGAGUACCAAGCUGAAAUCACAGAAAAUGCAGUGAUUGGGACCUCUGUAACCACCGUCAGUGCUGUAAGCCAGUCCACCCUAACUUAUGACAUCAAGCAAGGUAACAAAGAGCGUGUUUUUCAGAUUAAUCAAUACAGUGGAGUGAUUACUAUUCAAAGGCCUCUAGACUUUGAGACCACAGCAUAUUAUACUCUGAUAGUCCUGGCUACCAACAUGGCUGGCAUGGCCUCCAAUGCUACUCUGUUUAUUCAGGUCGUGGAUGAAAAUGACAACCCGCCAGUGUUCCAGCUGCUCCAUUAUCGUGGUAGCAUAAGCGAGGCAGCUCCAGUGAACAGUGUGGUAUGGGACUCAGAUGACUCACCUCUCGUAAUAAAGGCCACAGAUGCUGACCGCAACCAAAAUGCUCUGUUAGUCUACCAGAUUGUUGAGGAAACAGCAAAAAUGUUCUUCACAGUAGACUCAGGGACUGGCUCCAUUAGAACCAUUGCUAAUCUAGACCAUGAGACAUUUUCCAAUUUUUACUUCCAUGUCCAUGUGAGGGAUAACGGUAGGCCACAGUUGACGGCAGACAGUCCAACUGAAGUAGCAAUACAAGUGAUUGACACAAAUGAUUCACCACCUCGUUUUACCCAGAAUGCCUAUGAAACAGUCCUGCUACUUCCCACCUUUGUAGGAGUAGAAGCUUUGCAGGUGUCAGCUGUAGACCCUGAUAAAGGUGUUUUCGCAGAGCUUACCUACUCUCUGACUGAUGAUGUACUGGAUUACCUUGCCAUUAAACCUUCAAGUGGAGUCAUCAUUGUCAAAAACAAUAACUUCACCAAAGAACAUUUCCGCUUUAGUGUCAAAGUUUCAGAUGGUAAAUUCUACAGCAUGGCUUUGGUGACCAUUCUCGUCCAAGAAGCUCUGGAUUCUGGCCUCAGCUUCACCCAUAGUCUUUACUCUACCUCUAUUCAGGAGAAUGUGUCAAACAUCACCCAAGUUGCUGUGGUUAAUGCCGUGGGGAACCGUCUAAAUGAACCUUUGAAGUACACCUUAUUGAAUUCUGGUACACGCUUUAAAAUUCGUCCGACUUCUGGUGUGAUCCAAACCACAGGAAUACCCUUUGACCGUGAAGAGCAAGAGUUUUAUGAACUGGUUGUUGAGGCAAGAAGGGAAUAUGACCAUCUGCAUGUGGCUAGAGUUAUCGUUAGAGUCCAAGUUGAGGACAUAAAUGAUAAUACUCCUGUGUUUGUUGGACUUCCUUAUUAUGCAGCUGUUCAAGUAGAAGCUGAGCCAGGAUCACCUGUUUUCAGGGUCAUGGCAGUAGACGGUGACAAAGGGAUUAAUGGAGAGAUAUCUUACUAUCUUCAGGAUGACUAUGGUCACUUUGAGAUCAACCAACAGACAGGUGUUCUCAACCUUAAGAGAGCCUUUGAAUCCGACCUGUCUAUUGUUGAAUACCAGAUGGUGAUAUAUGCCAGAGAUGGUGGUUAUCCACCUCUCUCAUCUACUAUAGAGUUCCCCAUCACUGUAGUCAACAAGGCAAUGCCUGUCUUUGACAGAUCAUUUUAUUUUGUUUCUGUUAAUGAGGAUGUAGCUUUGCACACACCUAUCAUGGGCAUCAAUGCCACUAGUCCUGAAGGUCAAAACAUCAUCUACACUAUUGUUGAUGGAGAUCAAUCUCUUCAGUUUGACAUUGGUUUUGACACUGGAGUCAUUAGUGUCAUCCACUUUUUGGAUUAUGAAGCAGCAUCAUCUUACCACCUGACCAUCAGAGCAACAGACUAUCUUACUGGUGCCCGUGCAGAGGUCGAUGUUAAUGUGAUUGUCCAGGAUGUUAAUGAUAAUCCACCUAUCUUCCAGAAAAUGUCCUACAGGGUAGCUUUGUCUGAAACAGCCAUGAUUGGAACCCCAGCCCUUCAAGUUAUUGCCACUGAUAAAGACUCAGAGAAGAAUAAUGUUGUCCGCUACCAGAUCUUCUCAGAUGCACAUAACAGCACAGAUUACUUUCACAUUGAUAGUAGCAGUGGAUUGAUCCUCACAGCACGUAUGAUAGAUCAUGAACUACUCCAGAAGUGUGACUUCAUUGUCAGGGCCACUGAUAAUGGCUUCCCAGCACUUAGUAGUGAAGUAUCUGUCACAGUUAUAGUAAAUGAUAUCAAUGAUAAUCCUCCACUUUUCAAUCAGUUACUCUAUGAGGCAUAUGUGAAUGAGUUAGCACCAAGGGGCCAUUUUGUAGCCUGUGUCCAGGCCUCAGACGCUGACAGUUCAGAUUGGGAAAAACUGGAUUACAGCAUUUUGUCAGGAAAUGAAAGGAUGAACUUUGUGAUGAACAAAAAGACAGGAAUCCUCACGUUGUCUAGUCACCGGAAGCAAAGAAGGGAGCCUGCAUACAGUCUUAAUGUUUCAGUGUCUGAUGGGGUAUUCACCAGCACUGCACAGGUUCAUAUUGAGAUGUUGGGAGCCAACCUGUACAGUCCAGUGUUUGGACACAAUCUGUAUGAGGCGGAGUUAAGAGAGAAUGCUGCAGUAGGAACCAAAGUUAUACAGGUUAAGGCAACAGAUGCAGAUCCCGGAGUGUUCGGUCACUUCACUUAUUCCUUUGUUAAUGAUGUGGGAAAGGACCAGUUCAGCAUUGAUGCAAAUGGUCAGAUCACCACUGCAGAAAAGCUUGAUCGUGAGGACCCAGCCAACAAGAACAUAAUUUUGACAGUGGUAGCCCGGGACUCUGGUGGACUUGACUCCUAUUGUACAGUACAAGUUACUCUUUUGGAUGAUAAUGAUAGUGUACCUCGCUUCCGUGCCACUGAGUACAGAGCUUCAGUCAAAUCUAAUGUUGCUACAGGAUUUUUGGUGACACAGAUCCAGGCCUAUGACCCUGAUGAUGGCACUAACGCCAAAGUUACAUACUCACUUUACAGUGAGGCACAUAUCCCAGUGGUAGACAUUUUGGAAAUAGACCCAGACAAUGGUUGGAUGGUGACCAAAGGCAGCUUCAGUCACUUGAGGAACUCUGUAUUAUCUUUUUUUGUGAAAGCUGUGGAUGGAGGACAUCCAGUCAGACACUCUUUAGUGUCUGUCUACAUCCAUGUUCUUUCUCCAGAUUCUUUAAUUCCUUACUUUAGUCAACAUCAAUAUUCAUUUGGCGUGCCAGAGGAUACUCCCAUAGGGUCAACCAUAGGGAUGGUGCGACUCAAUACUCCUCCUGGAUAUGCUUUAGUCUCUGAAAAAUUUGCCCUGGUUAAUGGAGAGACUGGAGAAAACAACCAAGAUGGAGUAUUUGUGGUGGAUAAGGACACUGGUGUGAUCAAGCUUGAUAAGCCCUUGGACUAUGAGGUCAUCAAAGGAUACCACUUCAAAAUCACUACCACUGUACAACAGGCAAAACUGGAUUCUGUGACUUCUGUUGAUGUGGAAAUCAAAGUAUUUGAUCUAAAUGACAACAAACCAGCCUUUGAAGCUAACUCAUAUGAGGCCACAGUUAUGGAGGGAAUGUCAAUUGGAACCAAAAUCAUUCAGGUGCAAACAGUAGACCCAGACUCAGGGGCAAAUGGCCAGGUAACAUACAGUCUAGGGGCAUUGAUCCAGUCAGGAGGAGAUUCAGACACACUGGUUGACACUUUUAGUAUUGACAGCAACACAGGCUGGAUCUCAACAUGCAAAAACCUGGACCAUGAGACCGAUCCAUCUUACACAUUCACAGUUGUGGCCUCAGACCUUGGGGAAACUUUGUCUCUUUCCAGUACCACUACUGUGACAGUGGCAGUGGCAGACAUCAAUGACAACCCACCCAGGUUUCUGGAGCAGCACUACUUUAGUUCAGUUCAGGAAAGUGACCAUCCAGGAGAGGUAGUAGCUGUGCUGAACACUAGAGAUGAUGACAGCUCUGCUUUUAACCGGCAAGUCAGCUACCACAUCACUGGUGGAAACUAUCGGGGCGUGUUUGCGCUGGGCCUGGUUCAGGGUGAAUGGAAGAUGUAUGUGAAGAGACUUCUAGACAGGGAGGAGCGCAACCUCUACAUCAUCAAUGUCACUGCAAGCGACGGACUCUUUGUUUCCCAGGCAACCUUCGAAAUUACAGUGAUAGACACGAAUGACAACAGCCCCGUCUGUGACCAGGUUGUGUACACUGCUUCCUUUCCAGAGGACCUCCCAGUCAACAGUGUGCUGCUGAGGGUUGGAGCUACAGAUGCGGAUGUGGGUGUCAGUGGAUUGGUCCAGUACUCCUUACAUGGUCCUGGCUCCCAGGAUUUCAGCAUGAACCCAGACACUGGUGAGCUCAAGUCAUCUGUGACUUUGGACCAUGAGAUGAUGCCCAGCUAUCGCCUGGUUGCCCAGGCAACUGAUGGUGGUGGGAAAUGGUGUCGUUCUAAGGUGCAGUUGGUAGUGACAGAUGUGAACGACAACCCCCCAAUCUUCACCCUGUCACAUUACACUGCCAGCAUCUAUGAAGACACUGCCAACAAAGCCCUUCUCACCCGUAUCCAGGCUAUUGACCCUGAUGAAGAAGGUCCAGGCCGGAUGGUGGCCUAUUCCCUGGUUGACUCUGCUGGAGGCUCCUUCUCCAUCGAUAAAUCCUCAGGCAUUGUUGUCCUGGAACGGGUUCUCGACCGUGAGGUCCAGUCAGCUUAUCAGAUAACAGUCCUUGCUUCAGACCAGGGUUCACCGCUGCCUCUCUCUUCAUUGGUCAAUGUGACGAUCACCGUGCUUGACAUCAAUGACAACCCUCCUGUUUUUGAGCGCCGGGACCAGAUGGCAACAGUGCUGGAGGAUGUGGGAGUAGGCACUGAAGUUCUGAGAGUUUAUGCUGCAAGCAAGGACAUCGGAACCAAUGCUGAGAUCACUUAUAGUAUCCGAUCAGGCAACGAGCACGGGAAGUUCCACAUCCACCCACUGACUGGUGCCAUUUUAAUUGCCCAAUCUCUGGACUAUGAGACGUGCAGGGACUACUUCCUGACGGUGGAAGCUCGUGAUGGUGGCACACCACCACUGAGUGCAAUUUCUACAGUGAACAUAAACCUGACGGAUGUCAACGAUAAUGCACCCAGGUUUAACCAUGAUGUCUACAGUGCAGUGGUGUCCGAGGAUGCCAACAUUGGAGAAUCUGUAGUCCAGCUAUUAGCAGAGGAUGUGGACAGUCAACUGAAUGGAGCCAUCCUCUACUCCAUUGUAAGUGGAGACCGAGACAACCAGUUCUUCAUUGACCCACUCAGUGGGGUCAUCAAGGUCAACAAGCAACUGGACCAUGAGACAGUUUCCAGCUACUCAUUGGCUAUCAGAGCUCUGGAUAGUGGAAUCCCACCCAUGUCCUCCAACGUGAUGUUCAUCAUAGAUAUCUCUGACAUCAACGACAACCCGCCCACCUUCUCCCCGGCCAACCUCUCUACUGUCAUACAGGAAAACAAGCCAAUUGGCACCACCAUCCUACAGUUAUCUGUAAUUGAUCAGGACUCCUCCCACAAUGGCCCUCCCUUUGACUUCUGCAUCCUGUCAGGAAAUGAAGGCAAAGAGUUUGUCCUCGAGAAGGAUGGAACACUGGUAACCAAUCAAGUGUUCAGAAGAGACCUGGCAACUGAAUAUAUUAUUCAGAUACAGGUGAAGGACUCUGGGAAACCUCGCCUGUCCUCCUCCUCCAUGCUGACGGUCAGGGUAAUUGAGGAGAGUCUUCACCGCCCAGUGGCAUUACCACUCGAGAUUCAUAUCAUCACUAUGGAGGACGAGUUUCCUGGUGGUGUGAUUGGCCAGCUGCACGCCACUGAUGCUGACCCUUAUGAUGCACUGACCUUUGGCCAUUCUCCCCCGGCCCAGCGCAGUCUCUUUAAGAUCAGUCCUCGAGAUGGGAAAAUAAUUGCCCUGGGUGGGUUGGAUGCAGGCCGUUACUCACUUAAUGCAAGUGUUAGUGAUGGUCGCUUUGCCGUGCCUGUGCCUGUGAGUGUACACGUGGAACAGGCAACACCAGAGAUGCUGCGCGAGGCAGUGACAGUGCGUUUUGAAAGUGUGGCACCACAAGACUUUGUGGCAUUGCACCUGAAGAGUGUGUUGAAGGUGCUUCAACGGGCGGCUGCAUCACAGCAGCAAGACAUGCUGCACCUUCUCAGUCUGCAGCCAGUUGGUGGGACGCAACAACUUGACUUGCUUGUCGCUGUGGAAACAGAGGAGGGUGGCUACUACAAGGCUGCCUACCUCACCCAGAAACUGAGUGCAUUGAGGCGUCAGCUGGAAGAGGUCCUCAGAGUGUCAGCAAUCCUAGAUAAAAACUGCUCAGGGCUGGAGUGUCGCGGGGCACAGUGUGAACAGAGUAUCAUCCUGGACUCACACAACCUGGCUACAUACAGCACACCACGGGUCAGCUUUGUCUCACCACGCUUUCAACGGACCUCGCGCUGUACAUGCAGUGAUGCCACCUGCGCUGUGCUGACAGAACAAUGUGAGGACCAGCCUUGUCCAGCAGACAUGCAGUGUGUUUCUAUUGAAGCCACCAGAGGGCGAUAUGCGUGCCAGUGUCCACCAGGCAAACUGGGAGAGUGUGCAGGUCAUUCGUCUCUGAGCUUCUCAGGUAACAGCUACAUCAAGUACAAACUGUCUGACUGGUUGCAGACAGAGCUGAAGCUUAGCCUGAGGAUCAGAACACUGCAGAGCCGAGGAAUCAUCAUGUACUCACACACAGAGCCCUGCACUGUGCUCAGGUUGGAGGAGGGGAAGCUUUGGUUCCAGCUGGCCUGUGGCUUUGGCAGUGAUGGAGGUGGUGACAGUCACAACAUGUUGGGGAUCUCUGGCCGCCGUAUCAGCGACGGCAGCUGGCACACUGUGGCACUGGAGCUGAACCGCAACUUCAGCAGCCUGGCGCUGGAUGACAGCUACGUUGAGCAACGCCGGGGACCACCGUUCAUACAACCACUCUCUCCAGAUAGAACCAUUUACUUUGGAGCACUGGUGCAGCACCCAAACUCUCGUAGCCUCAUGGACUCCCAGAAGGACCCGCGGGUGCUUGAGGGUUUCCAGGGUUGCUUGGACUCGGUCAUGCUGAACAACAAUGAGCUGCCGCUGCAGAACAAGCGCUCUCGCUACGCAGAGGUGGUGGGACUGACGGAGCUGAAGCUAGGCUGCAUCCUCUACCCUGACGCCUGCCAGAAGCAGCCCUGUCGCAAUGGAGCCACUUGCACCAGCCUGCCUUCUGGCGGUUUCUCAUGCAGUUGUAACCCCCUGUACACUGGAGGGCACUGUGAGAUGGAGAUAACGGCGUGUGUUCCCAACCUAUGUCAGAACAGUGGUGUGUGUAAACCCAUUGGCAAUGCUUUCCUCUGCAGCUGCAGAAGAGGCUUCAAAGGCUUGACCUGUGAGGAAGAUGUGAACGAAUGUGACCGCAGCAAUCCAGAGGGCGAGUGUGAGAAUGGUGGCAUCUGCGUCAACACUCAUGGGUCUUUCUACUGUAACUGCACGGCAGGCUUCGUGGGGCAGCGCUGCGGACUGCGCCCUGUCGUCGUCCCCAAUAUGCAGGCUGGUCCGACUGCGGUCGGUAAAGAGGAGCUGAUUGGCAUCGCUGUUGUUCUUUUUGUCAUCAUCACCCUUAUCAUCCUCUUCAUCGCUUUCCGAAAGAAGGUUUUCCAGAAGAACUAUUCAAGGAACAACCUGUCUCUGGUCCAGGACCCGGCCACUGCAGCACUCCUCAACAAAGCUAAUGGUGUUCAGUUUAAGACCUUACACUGCUCACCCGGAGACCCUCUCAACCUGUACUCAGAGCCAGGGCUGGGGUCCCCAGUGGUGGUGGGGGGGGGGAUGAUUGGACCCCCACAGGUGCCUGUGAGGCCCAUGGCGUACAAACCAUGUUUCCAAGGAGACCCACGCUCCACGUUGGAGAAGAUGGUGGAUGGGUGUUGUGUGGAGCAUACAGAGAUGAGCACUUUUCACCCAGAAUCCCCAAGGAUUCUUUCAGGUACCACCAGGAGGGGGGUGGUGGUGUGCAGUGUGGCCCCCAACCUGCCGCCAGUGUCACCCUGUCGCUCAGACUGUGAAUCCAUACACAAGAGCCCAUGGGACAGUGAUGAGGGUAAAAUGGUUGACAUGGCUGAAGAAUUAACGUGUUUCUCAGGGAGCAACAAAGGCAGUAACUCAGAGGUCCAAUCACUGAGCUCCUUCCAGUCUGACUCAUGUGAUGACAAUGCCUCCAUAGUGACUGUCAUUCGACUGGUCAAUGAUGCAGUCGACACAAUCGAAAGUGAAGUGUCCGUCAUGGACCAAGGUCAAACCUACAACAGAGCAUAUCACUGGGACACAUCAGACUGGAUGCCAAGCACCAGGCUGUCAGACAUUGAAGAGGUGCCAAGCUAUGAGACCGGUCCUGGCAGCGAAGUAGCAGGCUCAGUGCCCCGACUUGGAGGAGGCACACGUGAAUUGGAGUCAGACUACUACCUGGGGGGCUACGACAUUGACAGUGACUACCCACCUCCUCAUGAAGAAGAGUUCUUGAGCCAGGACCAGCUGCCACCUCCGCUGCCCACAGGUGAGGACUAUCCAGAGCCCUACGCACCACUGCCCACCAAUCCACCAGCCUCCAAGGAGAGCAACCUGAGCUCUGGAGGCACUGGGCAUCAGCAUUCCAGGCCACACUUCCAUCCCAGUCAGUACCUACCUCCUCACCAGCUACCCGUUGGGGAGGCACCUCAUGGGGACUUUAGCACUUGUGGCGUAACCCCAGGAAAUGGGGACACUGAUGACUCUGUAUCACCAAAUAUGCGACUGUCUGUUGGAGCAUCAUCAGCCUCAGACAUGUCAGCUCCCUGUGGGCUGGAUGAUUCUGAACAUGGCAGUGACUUUGAUAGUAUGGACGAGCUUCGUCGAGGGGUGACCAUCAUCACUGACUCACAGCAGCAGACUGAGGUGUGA